AUGGCGCCGCAAGACGAAAGAAGGCGGCCUUCCGCCCUUAAGCUGGCUCCCUCGCGAUCUUCUUCUACUGGCUCCACAUCUACCACAUCGUCACUGGGAAAACCACCAAGGACACCAAGAUUCGCGGAAGCUACCACAGUAUACUCACCGGUAGAGCAACCAGAUACGCCGUUUGGAAGAGACGAUAGAUCACAUGUAGCCCACGCUCAACCGGCUGAUGUUGGAUUUGGAUAUAUUGGAGACGAGUCAAGCCACGUAAUAAAUAUGCCGAUGACACCAAAGUCGCCCUUGAAGAGUGCCAUGAGGGUACCAGGUACCCCAGGGAGGAAAUUCGAGAACCCCUUAAGUCCGACAUUCAUGGAAGAGGAGAUGUUAGAAAAGCGGGAGAAGGACACCGAGAAGGAGCAAGUACGAGACUUGGGUCUCAAGACGAAAGUACGGAUGGCCAAGUUCGCACUCCGAGGUGUCAGCUUCAGCUGCAGUACCAUUAUCCUAGCUAUGCUUUCUUCAUCCUUUGCUAUCUUCCACGCGACCAAGAGUCUACCAGCACAGAACGGCCUACCUCCAUGGGCGACAGGCACGAGCACGUGGCCGCAAAUACUCGUAUUAGCAGUCUCUUGUACUAAUCUCCUCAUCUGCAUCCUCAUCUUCAUCGGGUACUGCCGAGGUGGUCACCACCGCGCGGAGAAAGUUGGUGUAUACUACACAUUGUUCGCAGUUGGCUGGUUCAUCGUUUCCGUGAUUCUAUGGGCUGCCGCUGCAGGUGUCUUACAAUUCACGAGGAAUAACAGCGACAACAAGGACCUGUGGGGAUGGGCAUGUGUCCAGAACCACCGUUCCGACCUCUUCUCGCAAAAGGUUGACUACGAACUUGUUUGCAGACUUCAGAACUGGGCCCUGAUCUGCAUCAUCAUCGAGAUCGUAAUUGACGUUCUUACUAUCAUCCUCUACAGCGUCGUCUUCUACCGAUACUACACCAAGCGACGUCUAGCCAAGUCGAUGGACCUGCGAGACCGCGCUCGAUCCGACCUAUACCUAGCCCAGCUCCGAUCGCAAUCAGCCCCCAACACCCCAGGCUUCGGCCCCAAGUCUCCAUCGUUCUCGCAGUACGCUAUGUCGCCGCGCUUCCCUCCUUCGGCUUACAAGUCUCUUGGGGAUAUCUCGGAAGGACCCGCGUUCACGCCCGGAGCGCAGAUCGCCGAGCCACAAUCCACCUUCGCGAGCCAACCCAAGAGUGCCGAGAAGCCGUUCAAGCUGCAGGCUCCUCCUACCAAGGCCCCCUCCGCCACCCCCAAGAUGAGCCAGGGUGCAUUCCGAACACCUACAACACCCACCGCACCUGGACCCAGCUUCAGCUCCAAUUUCAACGAGCACGGCCCAGUUGCACCUGGCGAGGUACAGUACGAUGCCGUACCUAUCCCCGGGGCGUACAACGACGCCGUUGUCAAGAGCCCGCCGCCAGCACAGACGAGUUUCAGCCACCCGCGGUAA